ACACUGUAUUCAGCUUACAAUCUGCACAAAGCAACUUUUCACACUAAACAAUCCAAGAAUCUAUUUUGGUUUGAUCAUGUGAAUGAUCUCAACACCUUGGAGAUCAUUGUCAUCCUGUUUUGUUGUUUUAGUGUGUGUGUGUGUGUGUGUGUGUGUGUGUGUGUGUGUGUGUGUGUGUGUGUGUGUGUGUGUGUGUGUGUGCGUGUCACACUGUGUGAUCUGAUCCUAUACAGAGAGAAUAAUGCUCACCAGAGGAAUGUUACAAUACAGCAACAGGAGACCACAUACUGUAUAACAGCAAAAGAGGAUUAAGAGAUAGUUGACCUUUACAAAAUGGCGUGUUUCUGUCUGUGUGUGUAAACCGGGUUUCCAGUUCAGCCGGGCCUACGCCUUGCAUUUCUCAGGGGUCUUCACUUUCUUUUCAUUCUGUCCCUCCAUUGUUCCUGCUUCCUCCCGCCGGGCUGUCCUCAGGUGAAGCCGGAUUCUCACAUCGCUCAGAGUACAUUGUAUCCACACAGCAGGGUGCCUGUUUCCAGCCCUGCUAGCCAGUUACACCAGUUUGUCCUCCCAGUUUCCCCUUACAGAUCGGACGAAGACCUGAGGAAGUUGAUGUCACUGUUUGGACACAUGAGGCCAAUAUACUGUAGCUCUAAAAGUCAGUGUGUGUUUUACUGUUACAGGAAAUUAAUCGAGUGUCUCAACUUACAGCGGCUGUUUGCAAACCUGCAAUGCUGCAGACAAUUAACUGCAUUUAAAAAGUUGAUGCCGACUUUAGUUUAUGUGCACCACAGUUCUUUUUUCCACUCCUCAUCAAGGUGUCAAGUUGCAUCCUCCUCCUUGUUGCUACACUCUAUGGGUUGGACAUACCAACAGUGGCUCCACCCAUCCAAAACUCCAUCUAAAUUCACCUGUGAAAAUCUGGUCCAGCAACAGACAACGGUCACUCGUACCAUCAGGAUUGAAACCUGACCGAGCAGCACAACAGAAGACCUAUUGAAGAACUGAGCUCAAUUGGACACCAUGGCCUCCUCCCUCUCUGUGCGCAGCUACGCGGUGCGUCAGCCCUCCUCCAGCAUGUCUGUGAGGGACAGCGGACGCAGCAUCCGCUCAAAGUCUCCCGUCUCCAUCGGCACGCUGUCUCUGUCCCGCUCCCUCUCAAUGGGCAAUGGCCUCAACAUGCUGGGCUCCAGCCUCUCCUUCAACGGCCUCAGUGGCGCCGCCAGCGGGAAGGAGACCAUGCAGGGCCUGAACGACCGGCUGGCCAACUACCUGGACAAGGUGCGCUCACUGGAGAGGUCCAACGCUGAACUGGAGAUGAAGAUCAAGCAGCUCAUGCUGGAGAAGGCUCCAAAAGGCCAUGACAUCGAGGGGCUGAUGGCCCAGGCACAUGCCAUCGGGCAGGAGGUGAGAAAGAAGACGUUGGAGAACGCCCGUAUCAUGCUGGAGAUUGAUAAUGCCAAGCUGGCGGCCGAUGACUUCAGAGUCAAAUGGGAGGCGGAGGCCACCUUGUGCCAGUCGGUGGAGAGGGACUGUCAGGCUCUGAAGAGAGCAAAGUCUGACCACGACCAGAUCAUCGCCACUCUGCGAGGAGACCUGGACAGCCUGAAGGAGGAGCUCUACUUCCUCAAGAAGAAUCACGAUGAGGAGAUGAAUGCAAUGAAGUCUCGUCUGGCCAACGAGCAGGUGACUGUGGAGGUGGAUGCGGCUCAGGGUCCCGAUCUGGGGGCCAUCAUGGCUGAGCUGAGGGUCCAGUAUGAGGGCAUCACUCGCAAGAACAAAGAGGAGGCCGAGACCUGGUACCUCAAGAAAUUGGAAGCAGUGCAGUCGGAGGUCAAAGAAAGCAACGAGGCUUUGCGCUGUGCCCAAAGUGAGUUCAGCGAGCGACGACGUUUCCUGCAGGCUCUGGAGGUCGAACUCAACAGUCUUCGGAAGCAGGUAGGUGUGCUGGAAGGAAACUUGGGGGAAACGGGGCACAAGUACUCAGUGGAGAUGGACAAUCUUCAGAGCACACUGACCCAGCUGGAGGAUGAGCUGUCUCACCUGCGUUUGGACAUGCAACGCAACAAGACUGAUUAUGAACAGCUGCUGCGCAUCAAACAGAACCUGGAGAUGGAGAUCGCCACCUACAGGAGGCUGCUGGAGGGGGAGGAAAUGGUGAAAGAAACACCUCCUCCUAAAAAAGAUCCCGAGGUAAGGACCAGGAAGAUUGUAAAAGUUGUCACCCAGACCAUGAUCAACGGCAAGGUGGUGGAUGAGUCCAGUGAGGUGGAGCAGAUCGAGGAGCGCAAAAAAUGAGCCAAAGUGUGUGAAGAGAAGAAGCAGUGAUGUCUCAUAAACUCAAAGUGCCUGCCGGCUGUGGUUUAAAUCUCACCACAACCUUCUUGUUUUAUGUCUUCCUUAUUUUAUGUCAUGUUUUAAUGCCUUCAGCUUGCCAAACAAUAGACUAAAAUGGAAAUGAAAUAAUACUUCAACCUAAAAUAUAAUAGUCAUUUUCAGCAACAUGAACUGAAAGGAAAGAAGAAACUCAAUAUUGAGAUGUAAUGAGAAAAAUAAUCUGUGUGAUAUUAAAAUCUACAAAGAUGUAUCUGUUGAUUGUGCUGGGUCUUUGAUAAUAAGACAUUAAUCUCAUUUGAUCCGACAAAACUAAAUCUCAACGCAAGGUCUAAUUACUACUGUAGCUUUUUCUCUGGCUUUUCAGUUGUCAUCAAAAUGUGAAACAUCUGGAAAAAGCUAGUGGGUCUGUAUUUUUUCAGUCAAACUGCUGUUUUCAACGUCAACAAUGAGCUUUCAAAAUUGUUUGGAUUUUAAGAAAUACUUUGUAUUUUUGGGAAAUGCACUUACUCACUUUCUUGCAGGAAGAUUGAUACCACUCUUAUGUCUGUAUAGUAAAUAUGAAGUGUGUAGUUGCUCAUCUUAGCUUAGCAUAAAGACUGGAAAUGGGGAUACAGCUAGCCUGGCUCUGUCCAACACUACUAGCAUCUCCAAAGGUCACUAAUUAACAUGUUAUAUCUGCUUUGUUUGAUUCAAACAGAAUACAAAGUGUACAAAAAAGUCUUUAUGCUAAGCUAAGCUAACCAGCUGCUGGCUUUAGCUUCAUAUUUAGUACAUAGACUUGAGAGUCUUUGUCAUCUAAGUCUUGGCAUGAAAGCAAAUAAUUUAAGUAUUUCAAAAAAUGUCAACCUUUUUCUUUAACACUUACUGAAGCUUUUGGAAAAUGUCUUCAUCUUGCACAUAUCUUGUGUCUAUGUGAUCGUUUCACUGUAAAAUAGUUAUAGGAGUAAUGUAAUGAGCUGUAGUUGCAUUUUAGAAACUUACACAAACCAACCAAAGCAUCUGUAUAGCAUCUGUACAUGUCAAUAAAACACAGUGUU